AUGUCUUAUUACGAUAAUCAACAAUGGCAAGCCUCGGGCCAACCAUCGUGGGAGCAGCAGACGCCGCCAGCACGAUCUGGUGCCAGCUCAGCCGUUCCGCGCGAGGACUCAGCAGCCUUCCAGACACAAUUAGAGGAGGUCGACCGUGCUAUGGAUAACCUCAUGAAGAGUGGAAAGAUGUUCAAUGUGCCCGGCCGUCGCGAUUCUAUGCCCUUGGUUGGUCCUCCAAGAGGAGCGUUUCCGGAACAAUUCGAUCCACGCAUGAGCGCCGGUCCUCCACGACACCACUCAGUCAGCGACUUCGGCGGUGGUGAUGCGCGUUCCUUUUCAGGGUCGAAUCUCCAGAGCUUUUAUGCCAGUCAACGACACCAGCCCUCGCGUGGCGCAAAUGAGGCAGAACAAGUGAUGCAGGCAAAGAGACGGAUGGCAGCACAACGAGAGCGAGAGCUGCGCAACUAUCACCAAGAGCAGCAGUACAAUCGAAGUAUUGUAGCUGAGAUUUCAACAUUUGGUGGUAAACCUGAUCGUACUAUGAGCCCCGGCAGCGGUAUGAGCGAAGAAGAGCGUCGUGAGCUCAUUGCCCGUCAACGAAGCGCUUUGUAUGGUGAAGGAUCGGGCUUCUCCGACAAUGGAGGUUUUGAUGAGAACGGAACGCCUCGUCCAGGAACCCAGGGUUCUGGAUCUCAGUCCGCAACAGGGAUUCGCGGUCACUCUCCCUUGGCGUUCGAUCACUACAACGCUCAGGGCCAGGGUGAGAACUCUAACCAACAAGCUUCGGCCGAGCCUCAAUCAGCAACUGGCCAAGCUCCUGGACAACAACGUUCCCGUGCGAACAGCACCUCGUCUCCAUCAUCGAACCCAACAAGCAGCUUCAGCUUGUUUGAAUCUGCUGCUCAGCAGUCGAGUCGUACAUCAACUUCUUCUCCAGGCGGAUCACCUCCACGCCAGAGUGGCAAAGCUCAGAACAGCUCUGUUGCCCCUAUUGGCACCCGUCCUAGUGGUCAAGCUUCCAAUCCGGCACUGAACAAACGCUCUACCACACCUUUGCCAUCACCGCUGAGCUACGGCUUUGCUGCUAAUGAGGAAGGUAAGGACGGACGCACCACCUCUGCAGCUUCAAACCCUAACUCGCAAGCACAGCAUGAGGUAGGGCUUGGAUGGGGUUCCAAGAGCGGUGUCUGGGGCAAGAGCAACCUCAACCAGCAAGCUUCCGUCUGGGGUUAA